AUGGACUUUGAUGCCAUCCGCAAGCACGUCAACCGCAGCGGAUCGCGCCUCUACUGCGACCCGCGCGCCGACACCCAGGACCACGAGCACCUGAUGAUUGUCUACUACGACGUCAUGCUUGUUGACGACGAGUCGUUGCUGAGCACCAGCCGAGAGGACCGCUUUCGCCGUUUGGAGGAGCUGGUCACAUGCCGCCCGGGCUAUGCCGAGCUUGUCAAGCGCGAGAUCCUUGACUUUCGCGCCCGCACGGCACCGGCCCAGCUGCGCCGCGCCUUUGCACGAUGCAUCACAGCCCAUCUCGAAGGGCUUGUCCUGAAGCCGUUGAAAGAUCCGUACUUUGACCUCAAGGGCCCGGGCUCAGGAACUACCUCGUCCACCACUCUCGAGUGGCCGCACCUUGCCUCCUACGUCAUCAAACUCAAAAGGGGCUACAUUGGCGGCUUCGGCGAGGUCGGCGACUUUGCUAUUGUCGGUGCCCGCUACGAUGCCUGCAAAGCGCGUGAGUACCCUUCCGACCUGCCAGGGCUCAAGUGGACGCACUUUUUCAUUGGGUGCCAGGAGACGCCCAAGGCCGGCCAGACCCGACCGCGCUUUGUCGUCACCAACGUUGUGACUCUCACGCCGGCCCAGAUGACUACCUUUUUACGUCACUGCCGGCCGCACGUCGUUCCCGUGCCACGCAGAACCGACGGACGAAAGACACGAAACACAAGACAUGUCAAGUCUACGCCCGGCGCCGAUGGUGGCCACCAGGACACAUGUCCUUUUGACCUCGCUCCUCUCGAGCCCGGUCUGGACGACAGCAAAGGUGGCCCCACCGACCUCUUUGCCGACCCGCCCGUCGUCGACAUUCGCUGCUUUUCCUUUCACCGCCCAGGCUACGGCCGCUUCUGGAGCCCGCGGUUUCCCAGCGUCGUCAAGUUCCACUUUGACCGCACGUGGGCCGACACGCUACCGUUUGACGACCUACAAACCAUGGCCGUCGAGGCCGAGGCGCGCACGGCUGUGUACGACGACGACUUUUUUGAUGGGCCGGAUAGUGGCGGCGGCAGCGGCGGGCCUGGUCCGGACGCGUACGAUGCCUCCCAGCACGCCCAUUGGGUCGCGCAGCUGAAGCGUGCCGACAAGGGCGGCAUCGCCAUGGAUGCCGAAACGAGCCAGUCGCAGUCGCAGUCGCAGUCGCCUUCGCAAUCGACGACCCGCAGCCAGUCGUCAUCAGGAUCGACACAACGGACCCAGUCAGUCACGAGCCAGCCGCCGCUGUCGGCUGGUCUUGGGAUGCCUCUGAUUGACAUUGUGGAAGAAGCAGAGGCAGAGGAGGCGGACAAGGACCUCUGCAAACAAAGCCAGUUGUCCAUUGUCACGGUGAAGACAUACGACGAAAGAUACGACAAGUACGAGAAGGCGAAGCUGGCGAAGGCGAAGCUGAUGAAACCGAACCUUGCCGUGCCCGUCAUUGACCUGACGGGCGACAGCCAGGAAACGGAGGUGGCAGAGGAGGCGGAAAGGCCCGUAGCUUCGGUUGAGGAAAGUACGGUCAAAGAAAGUACUGUCGAAAAAGAAACAGCUGUUGGCAAAAGAGAGAUCUUGCCUGACGAUCCCUCGCCGCCAAGGACACCCAAGCGGAGGGCAACGUCGCUUCCCGUCAUAAGAACGUCGCCCAUGACACCCAAAACUCCGCCGCGCGUUUCCAACUCCCCACUGCCGCCCGCCUCGUGCUCGCCCAUCGACUUUGUCUCCAGUCUGACCGCGCCGUCGACGACCGACGGCAGUCAGGCGUCUGGCAGCCACGAGAGCCAAAGCAGUUUGGACAGUUUGGACAGUCAGGACAGUUUGGAGAAGAACACGCACAGGACGAAAAGUCUCCCUGGCGACACGCCCAGCCGGAAACGAUUGCGAGCCUGGGACGCCGCCAACCUCGACCUCUGCCCCGUUUCGCCGCCGCAGCUCAAGCGGGCGCGGAGUGGGCUGUGA